AUGGUGAAUACAUAUACCACCGCCGCCGCCGCCGCCACCACCGCCCGCGCUGCUGCUGCUGCUGCUACUUAUGCAGCUUCUCUACCGUUCCCUGCCCUGCUCGCCCUCCCUCACCGGCCUUCACAGACUAUGAUCUCUCUUGCGGGGCUGGUUGCGGUCCGUUCUGCUAACUUGCGGCCCGGCCGUACAAUAUCUACUGCCCGGCCCACCAACCUGGAGGCUUUACUUGGUCAAUUGACCGGCCAAGUAAACACCCCCGGGUGUACACACUGUGCAUGCGUCCGUUUGUAGUCACGUGACACAUUCAUUUGAUGUCGAAGGUGAAGUGAAUAGUAGUAGAUAUUUGUCUUGAAUUUUUCUAGCCUUUACCUUCCCUUCUCUACAACAACAACAACAACAACAGCAACAAUAGAACGUAAGCCUCCUUCUUUAAUACCCUAACUAUAUGAAAAGGCGUUACGGGCCGUAAACUAACAAUUACGGACUGUAGAAUGGUGAAUACAUAUACCACCGCCGCCGCCGCCGCCACCACCGCCCGCGCUGCUGCUGCUGCUGCUACUUAUGCAGCUUCUCUACCGUUCCCUGCCCUGCUCGCCCUCCCUCACCGGCCUUCACAGACUAUGAUCUCUCUUGCGGGGCUGGUUGCGGUCCGUUCUGCUAACUUGCGGCCCGGCCGUACAAUAUCUACUGCCCGGCCCACCAACCUGGAGGCUUUACUUGGUCAAUUGACCGGCCAAGUAAACACCCCCGGGUGUACACACUGUGCUGGUGGGUCUGGAGCGUAGAGUACGUGUGUGUCGGUGCCUGGCUUCUUUGGGCAAAGCUGUGCCAACUGCCAUUACGGCAGUGAAGGACGCCGCUGCUCCCUCCGUAAGUGAACUCUCCUACCUAUUACGGAACGUAGCUAACCAUUACGGAUAGGACCAGGCAACAUCGCGUCCGCUGCUCGUGUUGCUGCUGCUGUCGCUGCUGCUACGGCUGCUCCUGCUCCCGCCGCCGUGGCCCAGGUCGCUCCUCACAACCCUCUCCGCCGCUCUGGUGCUGGUUCUGGUGCUGUCCGCUCUAGUGCUGCCUGUAAGUUAGAUUUACGGCCCGUGAAAAGAUCUUACUAACGUAAAAUAGCGCGGCGCACCGGCCGUGCCCGUAAGGCGCCCCUCUCAGCCUCUCAGAGGGCACGUCGUUUCGCGGAGCUCCAUAGGGGGCUAGCGGCUCUUUACGAAGAGGAGGCGAGGGUACUAGAGGAUGAGGAAGAGGAAGAGGGAGAGGAAGAGGAAGAGGGAGAGGAAGAGGAAGAGGAAGAGGGAGAGGAGGAGGAGGAGGAGGAGGAGGAGGAGGAGGAGGAGGAGGACAGCUAG